UAUCAAUGAUCAUAUCUCCUUGUAAGUUCUUUGAAAGUCGUAUCAACGAUCAUAUCUCCUUAUGUGUUCGAGGAUUACCGUGUUCAUUUUUUGCUAUACUAUUACUUUCGUUAAUAUUUUUAAAUAUUUACUAUUGUAUUAUAACAUAUAAAGUUUAAAUCCGUCUUCCACAUUAAUAAUGGCUGAAAUAAUUAUACGAAAAGCUAGACGAGAAGAUUGUAAAGCUAUUAAAACACUUAUACAGGAAUUGGCAGACUAUGAGAAGAUGCCAGAUGGACCAACACUUGAUCAAGAGACUUUAGAAAGAGAUGGCUUUGAUGGACAGCCAUUAUUUUUUUGCAAUGUGGCAACAUCAAAUGAAAAACUUAUUGGUUAUGCUAUUUUUUAUUACUCUUAUUCUACAUGGUGUGGAAAAAUUAUGCAUUUGGAAGAUCUCUAUGUGACAAAAGAGUUUCGAGGAAAAGGUGUUGGUGAUAAACUUCUGAAAUCUGUUGCAAAAGAAUCAGUUGACACCAAUUGUAACCAAUUGGAUUUUGUGGUUCUCAACUGGAACCCAGCACAAGAGUUUUAUAAAAAACAUGGAGCUAAAGAUUUGACAUCUAUAGAAAAAUGGCAUUAUUGUCGUAUCUCUAAUGCAGAAUUGAUGAAAUUGGCAUCUUAAUGUGAAUAGCAUAAACCAAAAUAUCCAUACUAAUUGAUAGUAUUACUUUGUAUUUAUAUACAAUAUAUAUUUUUUAUUU